GCCAUGCGUCUGUUCAAACGUCAGUCCUGUGAUACCAGCCCUCAGCUAGUUUCGGCUACCCCGUUGUCUCAGGAUGGAACUGUAUCUUUGGCCGCAGUGGAUGAAAAUUCCGAUCGAAACAGCAAAGUUUCUCAGAACGAAAUCGAUGGAUUAACUCGAACGUCCAUCAAGGAAAGCGUCAGCGACGUGCAAAAACCGUCUCCGUCGCAGACUUGUGUUUCAAAUCGUAAAGGAAUUUCAACAUGGGGUAGAAAAGUAGGUCGAAGAUGGGAUCAGCUGAAGAGAUCGGACAGCUCUGAAUUGCUGUCGGUUUCGGGCCGAAGGAGACGAUGGAGUCCGAAUCGGAAAGGCAGCACGACAGAUGAGAAAAGAAAUAGUGGCAGCGGGUCGCCGGAAUUAUCAAAACCAAAGAGAAUAUCCAGGGUGGAAUCUCUUCGAAAUUUAUUCAGGAGUAGCGAACGAAGCAGCAGUUUUCUAAACAGCGACGUAUCAGCUAGAAACGUGACGAUACAAGAGGAAGACGUCACCUGCAUCAGUCAUUACCCGAUGGAGAAAGCUCUGAGCGAGGGUGCGAUAAAGAACGCACCCUUUUGCGUUAGUUCAGACGACAGCCAGCUGAAUUCUCGUGGAACGCUUCUCCACGAGAAGAAGAAACAGCUAAGUCGUAGCAUCCAAGACCUCCAAGAGCAGCAACGUGUUCUAGAUUACAUCUUGAAGAACCAGGAUAUACUUAAGACGCAGGAAGGAACAGCUUUCGCGAGGGAAACUCUGGACAAAGUUAGGAGAAGCGAAAGUCCAAAACGACGAGCUAGUCAGUCCACUACGGACGGCGCAAAAAGCAGCGUUUCCACGCAAACCAGAGACUUCUUCAGCAAUCAGAUUAGCAAUAUUAAGAGGAACCUUUUCAAUGUGCGCGCGAGUGCCAGUGAAUGUGACAGAGCCGAUAAUCAAAGACCUUGCCCGACAACCGGACUAGAAGACCUCAUGAGCAAUCUGCGACUAGCCUGCGACGAGAGUGGUUACGACUCCGACAGCACACGAGCUGGAGCUGAUUCUCCGGACAGCGGGAAAUCUGUACCACCUAUGCUAAAACCUCGUAGUUUCUCCAUAACCUCCGACGAUUACCACGGUAUCGACCUAUCGCUACCAGUCAGCACUCCAAAGCAGAGAGACGCGACGACAGAAACGGAAGAGAACGAACCAGGACCUUCCUGCAACGACGACACUGUUAUCAUCAGCAAGAGUCUCCUAAAUGAAUCUGUAACAACUGAUACCACUGUGCUAAGAUCAGACGAAGAAGACACAGACAGCUGCGACGAGGACACGUUCGAAGGAUUCGCGGAGUAUCAAAUGAACUGCGCGUUGGAGCAAGCUAAAUCUAGUAUGAACACGUUAAGAAAAUGUGACACCAGCCUGUCCAAAGGUUCCACGCAAUGUUCCAGCAAUAAAAACUUUGACCAACAGAGAACGUUAUCCAGAAGCACCGAAGUCGCGAGGAUAUCCGAGAAGAGAUCGUUCGCGAAGACGGAGCAAACAACGUUACCCUCGCAGCCCGAUAAAUUGCAGACUUCGCAGAAAGAGACGAAAUCUCAGAUACCGCUGAAGACGCGAAAGCACACGAACUCCAGCAAGUUGAAUUUGCUGGAGAACGCUGCUUCUCCGUGCAAAGACAGUCCACCGGCGUCGAAAAUCUGCGCUACGAUAGUGAGCAGUCCGUUGCAGUACUACAGUCCAAAGAGGUCGAGAUUGAACAUGGAAUCGGACUGUCCUGAAAUCGUGAACGUGAGAAACAAACAGAAGAGAAUGACGCAGAUGAGUAAAAUCGAGCAUCCAGCGCCGCUUCUGCCGACACCGGCUAAGACCCUAGUCCGACGUGAAUUGAAGACGAUGAAGCUGUCCGUGGAUAAAUUCCGAAGUAUCGGGAUCUCCGUGGAAAGAAGAGAAGCUGUCAGACCGUUUUACGUAAUUUCGAAGAUGGACGUGAACGGAGAAGCGGCGAAGUCGAAGUUGUUUCGAAUCGGCGACGAGAUCGUUCGCGUUUGUGGGCGCAGAUUGCGCGGUAUGUCGAUCAUCGAGGCGAGAAAUGCGUUGAAGAACUGUUCUGGGAUCGUAGAGCUGCAGAUAGCUAGGGAACCAACGUUCACCUUUGGAGAGGAAUUAGGCGACACUUGGGGCGAUAUUUUGGUCCGCACUCGAAGCGACUCCGAGGUGUGGACGCUGAAGGAGGAGAAGACGGGUGUUCAAGCUUCCAUGGACAUCGUCACGAGAGAGGAGGAAUCUUCGCAAUGUAAAAUAGUAGGCGCGUUGAUGAAAGACGGGAAGAAUUUGUCCGCGAGCUCGAUGGAGCGGAUAAAGAGCGAAUGUGAUUCUACCUUGAAGAAGCAAUCUGAUCAGAAGAUGACUGGCAUGAGGAAGUUCCACGUGGUGAGGAAACGAGCGAUCAAUCCUGUCUCUUGUCCACGUAGAGCGACUAGUCUGUCGAUGGAUCUGUUGACCAUUACCUUGGAGAAGGGAGCACCGAAGAAGUUAGGCUUCUCUAUAGUCGGUGGAUCGGAUAGCAAUAAAGGAUCGAUGGGGAUCUUCGUGAAAGAUAUCAUGGCUGGCGGCCAAGCGGCUGAAGAAGGGACUUUGAAAGUGGGGGAUGAGAUUCUGGCUAUCAAUGGAAUAUCGAUGGACGGAUUGACGCAUGGAAAGGCGUUGCAAACCUUCAAGGCUGCCAAGGCUGGGAAAAUGGUCCUACACGUGGGUCGUAGGGACCCAACGCACAAACGGUACAUAAUUCAAUCGAAAUCGUACGAUUGUUUGGACAAGUUAACAGAAACUGGGGACGAAUGA